GGCCUGCGCGGCGGCGGCGGCGGCGGCCUGGGCCCGGGUGCGGCGGUGGCGGUGGCGGUGGCGGUGGUGGCAGCGGGGCCUGGAGCCGGACCUAAGAUGGCAGCGGCGGCAGCGACGGCCGUGGGGCCGGGUGCGGGGAGCGCGGGGGUGGCGGGCCCGGGCGGCGCGGGGCCCUGCGCGACAGUGUCGGUGUUCCCCGGCGCCCGCCUCCUCACUAUCGGCGACGCGAACGGCGAGAUCCAGCGGCACGCGGAGCAGCAGGCGCUGCGCCUCGAGGUGCGCGCUGGACCAGACGCGGCGGGCAUCGCCCUCUACAGUCAUGAAGAUGUGUGUGUGUUCAAGUGCUCAGUGUCCCGAGAGACAGAAUGCAGCCGUGUGGGCAGGCAGUCCUUCAUCAUCACACUGGGCUGCAACAGCGUCCUCAUCCAGUUUGCCACACCCCACGAUUUCUGUUCUUUCUACAACAUCCUGAAAACCUGCCGGGGCCACACACUGGAGCGCUCUGUGUUUAGCGAGCGGACAGAGGAAUCCUCAGCUGUGCAGUACUUCCAGUUUUACGGCUACCUGUCCCAGCAGCAGAACAUGAUGCAAGACUAUGUGCGGACAGGCACCUACCAGCGUGCGAUCCUGCAGAACCACACUGACUUCAAGGACAAGAUUGUUCUCGACGUGGGCUGUGGCUCUGGGAUCCUGUCAUUUUUUGCUGCUCAAGCAGGAGCCAGGAAAAUUUAUGCAGUGGAGGCCAGCACCAUGGCUCAGCAUGCUGAGGUCCUGGUGAAGAGUAACAACCUGACAGACCGUAUCGUGGUCAUCCCUGGCAAGGUAGAGGAGGUCUCAUUGCCUGAGCAAGUGGACAUUAUCAUCUCAGAGCCUAUGGGCUACAUGCUCUUCAAUGAACGCAUGCUUGAGAGCUACCUCCAUGCCAAAAAGUACCUGAAGCCCAGUGGAAACAUGUUCCCCACCAUUGGUGACGUCCACCUCGCACCCUUCACCGAUGAACAGCUCUACAUGGAGCAGUUCACCAAAGCCAACUUCUGGUACCAGCCAUCCUUCCAUGGAGUGGACCUGUCAGCCCUCCGAGGCGCCGCUGUGGAUGAGUACUUCCGGCAACCUGUGGUGGACACAUUUGACAUCCGGAUCCUGAUGGCCAAAUCUGUCAAGUACACAGUGAACUUCUUAGAAGCCAAAGAAGGCGAUUUGCACAGGAUAGAAAUCCCAUUCAAAUUCCACAUGCUGCAUUCAGGACUGGUCCAUGGCUUGGCGUUCUGGUUCGAUGUUGCUUUUAUUGGCUCCAUAAUGACCGUGUGGCUAUCCACAGCCCCAACAGAGCCCCUGACCCACUGGUACCAGGUCCGGUGCCUCUUCCAGUCACCGUUGUUUGCCAAGGCCGGGGACACGCUCUCAGGGACAUGUCUGCUUAUUGCCAACAAAAGACAGAGCUAUGACAUCAGUAUUGUGGCCCAGGUAGACCAGACAGGCUCCAAAUCCAGUAACCUGCUGGACCUGAAGAACCCCUUUUUCAGGUACACGGGCACGACCCCAUCACCCCCACCUGGCUCACACUACACAUCUCCCUCCGAGAAUAUGUGGAACACAGGAAGUACCUACAAUCUCAGCAGCGGGGUAGCUGUGGCCGGAAUGCCUACUGCCUAUGACCUGAGCAGUGUUAUUGCCGGCGGCUCUAGUGUGGGUCACAACAACCUGAUUCCCUUAGCCAACACAGGGAUUGUCAAUCACACCCACUCCCGGAUGGGCUCCAUAAUGAGCACGGGCAUUGUCCAAGGUAACAGGGUAGCGGGGCCGUGGGCGGGGGGCCUCCCGCCUGGCCUGCGCACACGCUCAAGCUACCAGUGGGGGCCAGGCAGGCUUAGGGGUCAUGCUGGCUCCUCAGUGCCCAUGACCUGCCCCACAGGCUCCUCAGGUGCCCAAGGAGGCAGCGGUGGCUCCAGUGCCCACUAUGCAGUCAACAACCAGUUCACCAUGGGUGGCCCCGCCAUCUCCAUGGCCUCACCCAUGUCCAUCCCAACCAACACCAUGCACUACGGGAGCUAGGUGCCUCCAGCCGCAACACCACUGCGUACUGACAGCACCAGGAAACCAAAUGAAGUCCACACCCAGUGCAGCUGGUGGCUGUCCCCUUGUUCUGGAGAAGCGUGAACACCCGGUCACAGCCCUCUUUGCUAUGGGAACUUGGACACUUUUGUACACGAUGUCGUCGCUGCCCUCAAGUACCCCCAGCCCACCCUUUGGCCCCGAGCGCGUGUCGCUGCCAUAUUUUACAUGAGAUCCUGUCGGGCAGUCCUCAUCCUGUUCUGCCCUCUCCACUGACCUGGCUUUGACAUCUGGAAGAGGCAAGCCCCUCCCACCCCACCUCACACACACAGCUGCGCCUGACCAGGCAGGAGGAGGUCAGCAGCUGCUACCACAAGACCUGGCAGCACCCAUCUCCCAACCCGUCCUUGCGCCUGCCCCUCACCUGGGGUGGUAGCACAGCCAGCUGGACUUCACGUUCAACUACCAGGCCACAUGGUCACCAUGGGCGUGACAUGCUGCUUUUUUUAAUUUUAUUUUUUUACGAAAAGAACCAGUGUCAACCCACAGACCCUCUGAGAAACCCGGCUGGCCGGGCCCAGCCAGCAGCCCCUGUCCCUAGGCCCAGAGGCUCUAGGUGAGGGGUGGCCCUGUCGAGCCUUCAGGGCGGGCGUAACCCCCUCUCACCAAAGGGUUCACCUCACACUUGAAUGUACAAAACACCCAGCUGUCCAAAGGCCUCCAGCCCCUGCUUUCUGCUACUGUCCUGUCCUGAACCCUGAAGGUCCCCCUCCACCAAAAAGCUGGAACAGGCAGCCCAGAGGGAAAGUCACCCAAGACCACUGGGGCAGACAAAAACCUCAAGGAUCUGUCACAGAAGAAAGGAGGGCAUCCUCUCCCUGAUAGCUAACAUAGGCCUGUGUGUUGCACUCCACAUCCAUGCUCCACUUCUUCCUCUCAAGACAGUAUCCCUGGAAAGGGGCCUAGCAGGGACCUCUCCCUCCAGACAGAAAAAGAAGAAAAGCAAACAAGUAAGGAAGGGCAGUUUCUCCCCUGCUCCCUUGCCCUCAAGUCCCCUCCUCAGUGGCCAGAGCCCAGGCUGGGCCCAUGCCCACCACAGGUACUCCUGGCAACGGCUGGACCUGCCCUGUGCCACCCCCUGACCUGUCAGGGAAAGAGGGCCCACAGGCAGUCUGGGAAACCGGGCGCUUCUAUCCAUCAGUAAUACUCCCUGCUCGGCUGCCCCUCCCCACCUUUAUAUAAAUUCUCUGGAUCACCUUUGCAUAGAAAAUAAAAGUGUUUGCUUUGUAAGAAAAGCCUGCAAAGUAGCAGGGUUGUCUCCAGGGUCCAAGAAUCCUCCAAUCUUCACAGGGAGGGCAGGACAGGUAAUAGCCCCUUGAGUUUGGCCUGGAAAAGAGAGACUCCUAGGAGUGACCCCAGGGAAAGAAGGUGAACCCUUAUCCACAACAGAAACUGUCCCUCACCUGCAGGCCUGGCCUUCCUAGAAGGUUGUCAUGGACCGGGCUGAGGUGGGCAGCAGGACACUGGAAGACAGAGGUGUGGCUUGGGGUGCUGGUAUCACAUGUUCCAGAGGCAGUGGCUGGAAGAAGUACAGCUGCAGCGAGAAUUGAGGGUGAAUGUGCAGUUGGGUGGCAGCAAGCCCCACUCCACAGCCCUGCUGAGGACCACACGGACCCUACCUUACAGCCUAGAGCCAAGAGGGCGUGAAGCAGUACCACCACGGACAGCAGUGUUGCAGCCACCAGCCUUGUGUCCUCACGGACAACAGGCCACAGGGUGAACACCAGCCCAGCAGCCGACAAGGCCAGGGCCAAUGCUCCAAAGAGCCACUGCAGCCACUCCACUGGGAUAAGCCACAGGACCUAGUGUGACAAGUGUAGCUGGUGACCACACAGGGUGGGCCAUGCAGCUCCCACCAGUCCCCAGAGCCAAGCUACACUCACCACGGUGGGGAUGAAGACAAAAAGUGAGUAGCCAUAGACACAAACAGUCUCCAGGAAGGUGUACAGCCCCAUGCGCUCCCUUGUUCCCUGGCGCCACCGGAGGAAGCCCCAUAGUGCCAGCGGCACUAGCCACGCAUAGCAGUAGAUGGUGAUGCCUGCUACUGUCACUAGGAAUGCAAUGUGGGCAGUCACUACAUGCCCUGGGGCCCUGGCAGCCAGGAGCUGAGCCCACCCACCUGCUUACCCUUGUGAAACUGUGGGCUGUAGUGGAUGGAGGGGUCCCGCCUCUGUGCAAGCACCAAAGUGAGGUUGCCAGUAACCGCCAGGACAAAGGCCAAAGUAGCACAGAUCCAGAAGGGACCUGCAAAGAGGACACGGAGUCCCAGGUCUAUCACUCCUAGGAAAGGUGGCUAUGUCCUGUUUUAAGUGUGGUAAGACCCCAGACCCCAUUGACUCUCCAGAUCACUGCUGACAGGAGCUGCCUGUGGCUCAUCUUGUCUUUCUGGACCACACCUUCCAAAGUGCCUCAAGCACUUGGCUUUUUUUCUCUUCUCUGACAACAUUCUUUAUAGGUAGAAUAGUAUUGGUAUUUUUCCACUGUAGGCAGGAUCUUGUCCAAACCUGAGGCUUCAUGAAUGGCACUUUAGCUGUCCACUCCCAAACUGCUCCAGGGCACUGAACUGCACACUUAGGUUUGAACUUCACGUGGGUGUCCUGAGCCCCUACACCCUUGAUCGCAUACCUGCCCAGCUUUUCCUGGGUACCAAUGGCAACUUGCUCUUGGUAGACUGGGUAGAAAGCCACCCUGGCCUUUCCUACUCCUCUUGGCUGUGGGGAAUACUCUAGAACCAACCAGUCUGUACUCAGCCUCCACUGUAGUCUGUCCCCUGCCUGUUCUUGAUGGCUUCUACCCUUAAUUUCAACAGUGCCAGAGGAGAUCCUAAAAAUACCUCACCAAGAUCCCUUCUCAACACCAUGUGAGACCAAUAUACUCACCCUCUACCCAUGACCUGCCAGCUGUUCCUUACACUCUAGUGACCUAUGCCACCAUGCAACUCAGUUGUGUAUCCACCACAGAGCCCAGAAUCUUCUGGGUCCUCUUCUAAGCCUCUCCCCACCAAUGUCAACAAAACUUAUUUGCCUACUCAGAGGCGUUCUUGACUUCCUUAAGUAAUAGCACUCAUCCUCUAAGUUAGCCCUACCUACUGCCUUCUGCAUCCUGUCUUGGGGUCUCCCUCAACUAAACACAAAUUCCCCUCUUACUGACUUCCCUGCUCAGGGCCUGGUACAGUUCCAUGUUUGUUGAGUAAAUACUCCAUUGAAUCAAACAUACAACCUUAAUUUACCAUAUAGGUCAGGCCGAUUUCUAAGAUGGUGCCGCACAAAGUUGUGGCCAGGGUGAGGCAGCAGUGAGCCUUUGAUCCGGUCCAAGACCUGGAGAGCAAAGCCAGGGUCCAGAAUGAGAGCCUUAAGACUUCUAACAAGUUCAGCUGUCCGCUCCAGGCUGUUCAUGGGCUGUCUCUGUGGCUUGUGGUCUUGGCCCCUAGCUGCUGAACAUAUCACCACUCUGAAUGUGGGCUUUCAGUCCCGCCACCUCUCCCUCAACUUCUAUUUCUAUUUCAUGUGCACUGGUGUUUUGCCAUGGG